AUGGGUAUCGAUUACUACGAGACGCUGGAAAUAAACAGAAAGGCAACGGACGCAGAAAUCAAAAAGGCAUAUCGACGUCUUGCGCUGAAGUUUCAUCCGCGCAGUAACAGAGAACCUGGGAGCGCCGAAAGGUUCUGUCAGCUGGGUGAAGCCUACGAGGUUCUGAGCGACCCUCGAAAAAAGGCAACCUAUGACAAGUUUGGCGAGGAGGGUCUAAAAGGUGGGAUCCCACCGGAGUUUGGCAGCGGUGGCGCUUGGUCAUCUAAAUAUGCCUACCAUGGGAAUCCAGACAAAACAUUCAGACAGUUUUUCGGAGGUGACAACCCAUUUGCAGACUUCUUUACAAAUGAUAUACCACUUCAGUUUGGUGGCUUGCAACCAGGAGUGGUGAAGACACAAGAUUCUCCAAUAGAGAGAGACCUUCAUUUGUCCCUGGAUGAUCUCUUCCACGGAUGCACAAAAAAGAUAAAGAUAUCUCGCAGGAUUAUGAAUGAGGAUGGAUACACAUCCAGUAUCAAGGACAAGAUCCUGACUAUAGAUGUAAAUCCUGGAUGGAAAGAGGGCACAAGGAUAAUUUUUCCCAGAGAGGGAGAUCAGGGACCAAACAGCAUCCCUGCUGAUAUUGUGUUAAUAGUGCGACAGAAGAGCCAUCCUCUGUUUGUUAGACAAGACAAUGAUCUGAUCUACAAGGCCCAGAUCUCUCUGGAGAUGGCCUUGACUGGUUUCCCUGUGGCUGUGGAGACACUAGAUGGCAGGCUACUCAGCAUUCCCAUCAAUGACAUUGUGCACCCUACAUACAAAAAAGUGGUGGCUAGAGAGGGAAUGCCACUGUCCCAGGAUCCUUCACAGAGAGGAAACCUCAUCAUUACGUUUGACAUCCAGUUCCCCGAGAAGCUCUCAGCUGAGAAGAAGCAACUGAUCAAACAAGCUCUAAAAUAG